CCAAGUAAAUCGGUCGUCGUCGGGCGCGCGCUCACCCUUUCUCGGCCGUUUGCUCUUGCGUGUGUCUGUACGUAUACGUGCACGGGCGAGCACACAAGAGAGAGAGAGCUGCGACUAUGUGUGCGCGAGUCGGCGAGGCAGCAGCGAGCGCCAGAAAGAGACAGCGACAACAAUAAUAGGGGGCCGCCACCGCUGCGCGCUGGCUGGCGAGGCGAGAGAGUGUAGUGGUGUGGUGCCGCGGCCGCGCGCAGCCGGGGGCAGACGCGACGACGGCCAGACGAGGAGACUCGCUUGCCUCGCCGCCACAGCAGUAGGCAAGUGGAAGAGCCAGGGAGCGGAUCGGUGUUUGCUGCCGCUCUCUCGCUCACUGCCGCCGCCGUGCCAUACACACAUACGCGCAGAUAUCAAGAACAUACACGCGUACAUCCGUACACCUACCAAGAGAGACAGGUAUAAGAGGAGAUUGCAACUAAGGGGAACGACUACUGCUCUGCUCUAUUAUACUCCUCGUCUCUUCCUCUCUGCCUCUCUGGUACGGCUUAGCCGAUCUGAUAUAUUAUUCGUGCCAGCAGCAUACGACGCAGCACAGCAGCAGAAGCAGACAGACAUACAGUGCACUUAUUCUGGCUCUAUAUUUCAGUGCGUGUCCGAAAAAGAGACCCAGAAAUAACAGCAGCUCCGCAAGAAACGGAGCUAAAGCAGAAGUGGGAGACAGAUAUUGAGUGUCGCCGGUCACCAGGAGGCCAAACCCGAGAAAACUAUACUGUCGCCGUCACCGCCACUGCCGCCGCCGACACCAGUCAGGCCACCGACCCGCCGAGCGAGCGAGAGAGUGGGCUGCGACGACCUUCGAGGACACGCGUCCAGAGAGAAAGAGAAAGAGAAGGAUACGCGCGAGACGGCGUCCGAGUGUAUAUGUGCUGUACGUGUGUGGUGCUGCACGUAAAAGUACCUGCGUGUAAGUGAGCGAGUGCGCGCGCGUAGGCUGUUACGGUUUCUCGACUCUCUCUCGCACUUCAUUUUUCUCGUUUUUCGUACGGAUAUAUCUGCCCGUGCCACGGCUCUCUCGCUCUCUCGUUACCCAGGCCUUUUUUGCUCUUCUUCGAGCUGGAGAACCAGUUGACGCCGAGUUCAUUUUUUUCGAACUGAUCGAUCCACCAGAGAGCAAGCAAGAUAGAGAGCCAGUCAGCAAGAGAGAAAGAGAGAGAGAGACACACACACACACACACACACACAGAGGUUAUUGCUCAGCCAAGUUCAGGGCUUUUUAUUCUGCUGCUGCUGUUGCUCUCUGCGUGUUGAGCAACUCUCGAAGACUGAUUGACUUACAAGGUUUCUUCGGUUUCUUCUGCUUGACUUUUUGGUUAUUUUUUUGGCUUUUGGUGGUCUGUAGAGAGAAAAACAAGAAAAAGUGCCAAUGGGUCCUCGGAGAAGAUUUUCUGCAAGGACAAUAGUGGAGUUGAUGAGUGAAGGUUGUGAGUGUUGCUGCGGUUCAGGUGGUGAUGUAUUUUAGUAAGCAGUGAAUGAAAGAGAGUGCAACCAAAUGGUUGCCAGAGAUGCAGCCCAAGAUGAAUCUGGAUCCUUGUGUGAGGCUGAAUGCAAUCUAUUAAGUGAGCCUGGUGUUCUGGUCUUCCCAAAGCUAGUUCUUGCAAACUAGUUGAGUCAAGCAGCAAUGGAGACAGCAUUGCCUAGCGAUCCAAUAACUGCUCAGUCGUAUAGUCCACAUUUGAAAACAGUUUUGAAGACAUAUCAGCUGUCUGCAGUAAAGAGUUUGCAAGGACCAAGCUCUGCCCUGCUGGGAGUAGACUGCAAGGGACUCUUACAGGAGCCAGCAAGCUUUUGCUUUUCACCGCCCACUUGUACUGGUAAUUGUGGACUUGAUGCUCUUCCCAAGCAUGUGUCCAUAAAAGAAAUUGAAAAGAGGGAAGACUCACCUGUUCCUGUGCCACCACCUUGUAAGAGUCUUCGUACAGAUCGUCCACUUGAAGAUUCUGAUGAUGAUCCACCAGAAAGACUAAAGGUAUGCGAGAAGAGGGACUUGGAGUUUCAAAUUCCGAUCCUCACAGCGCCGGACCAGAUCUGCUCGGAGCGCUGCGAAACGCUGCUCGAGGGUGAAAGGAUAUCCUGUUUCGUGGUAGGAGGCGAGCGGCGGCUUUGCCUACCGCAGAUUCUUAACACGGUUCUGCAAGACUUCUCGCUCCAGCAGAUCAACCAGGUCUGCGACGAGUUGCAGAUCUACUGCUCGAGGUGUACGCGCGACCAACUGGAGGAACUGAAGCUGUCCGGUAUUCUACCACGAAAUGCGCCGUCGUGCGGGCUGAUCACGCAGACUGACGCCGAGCGUUUAGUCAGUGCCCUGCUAUCGAGGACUGAGCCGUAUUUAGCGGCUGCCAUUCGCGACGACAUUAUCGACGAGAAACAACGAAUUGUCGAGCAAAAGAAACAGCAGCAGCAGGUCGACGUCGACGGCACCAAAUCGAUCUCGCGUUUCAAGGUGUAUCACGAGUGCUUUGGCAAGUGCAAGGGUAUUUUCGACGCGGAUUCUUUCGCCUGCGAAGAUUCGCCGUGCGUCGAGUGCAUCGAGUGCGGUUGUAGACUGUCACCACAACAUUUCGUCAGACACGCGCAUGGCUCCCUCGAGAAUCGCACUUGUCACUGGGGCUUCGACUCGUCCAAUUGGAGAAAUUAUCUACUGUUGUCGCGCGAUCAGCAGCACUACACCAAGGUGGCCAACUUCUUCAAGGAACUAAAGGACAGGCAUGUCGUGUCUAACUCCAAGAGGAAGCUCGAGACGAGUGACAUCCAGUAUGAGUCGGAAAGGUUGAUGAAGAAGCUGAAGAAAGACUUUGGUAGAGACGAAUUCGCGGCAACUGUGUACAACGGUAACGGACUGGGUCUUUAUCAUCCGGCCUCGCCGGCGGCCGGCCUAAACGAUCCUUAUGUGCGAAUGCAAUGGGCCAUGUUCGAGUUGGCCGCCCGCGAAGCUUCUGCCUUCAGGCCCUGGAAUCCCGCGGGCUUUUGCAAACACAGAGACGGCACGACGUUGGUGCCGGCAUAUUUGUCGCGUGGCCCACCAGUGCUACAGCACCCGGAACGUGUUGUGCCAAUGUCGGAAUAUGAGCGUUUCGAGCCGCACUUUCAGCCAAAUGUGGCGUUGGCACCAAUACCCACACCAGCGGCACCACCGUCCCCUGUGGUCGCGAGACCUGCAUCACCGGCCUACCCUCACCACCACCAUCAUAAUCAUCAUCAUCAUCGGCAUCGACGCUACAGCCGACCAAGUAGUCCCGAUGCUAAGGCCACCGCCAGUAUCAAGAUCGAGCAGCCACCUUCGCCACUACCCCCGCGCGAAGAGGAGGAGGAGGAGGGCAGUGCCGCUGUUACGUCGUCCACGUCGGCAGCCGAGCAGCCGCAAACGGAGCUGGCUAACUCGGCGUCAUCGGAGCGUUGUAAUCGAGCAGCAGAUGCAGUUGACUGCACGGCAGCACUCGAUCUCGAAGAACGUCUUCACGCCAUCAACGUGCCCCAAGACGCGAUCGAAUUGGCGAGGCGCGUCACCGCUGAACUCAGCUCGGCGUCAUGUCGCCUGGCUGCUCUGUGCCAAGAGAACGCCAUGCUGCAGAGCGAGUUGCGCCUGCUGCGACGGCAAAACGAAAGCGCGGAAAUAGCGGAGCUCGAGAAGGGCGCCGACGACAAGUGCCAGACUGCUGCUGUUGCUGCUGACAAGUCCGAAACGGUGGAAAUCUCGAACGAACAACAGCAGCAACAGAGUAGCGAACAAGACGAGCAAAAGCGAGGCAGCUCGGAAAGUCCGAAAGACACGACGCCCAAGUCCAACGAUUAAGUCUGCGUUCGUCUGUCUACCUGUCUCUAUCUCUCUAUAUCUUUUAUUACGUUAUUCGUUCUGUUUUGUUUAUACGAUCAGGAGUAACAAUAUCUAAGUGUAAAGUGCGAAUUAUUACAAACAAAAAGAGUACAAAACCCUAGGUGCUACGACGUCGUUACGCUAGCCUACAAGUUCGACACGAAUUUCCAGCGGCUCUUGCAUGAGAAAAAAUAUAAUAUUAAUAUUAAUACUAUUGGAUAAACGAUUAGCUGUAAUGGAUUAUUAUUAUUAUUCGUAGCAAUGAUGAACGGUUAAUAAUGUACGAAUCAUGAGAGAACCGUCGACGCCAAUGUAGCAUACGUUUAUUUUACACACUCUAAUGCAUCUCGUAGCAUAAUCUUUCAGAGGGCUAAAAAUUUUUAUUUUAAUAAAUAGGCCGAGCAGAGUUUAUCGGCGACAAUCUACGGGAGUAGGAGGCUCCGUUCGAGAUUUCGGGCUAUGUUGCCGCUUACUACCGUCAUCGCGAAGCUUCGAGAGAGAGAGAGAACAUGAGAGAGAGAGAGUGAGUGAGUGAGUGAGUGAGUGAGUGAGUGAGUGAGUGAGUGAGUGAGUGAGUGAGUGAGAGAGAGAGAGAGAGAGAGAGAGAGAGAGAGAGAGAGAGAGAGAUUGAGAAAAAGAGAUAGAGAAAGAGUAAGAGAGACGGGAGGGGUGGCGAGAGAAACUGCAGAGUAAUGUCGGCAACCUCAUCUCUUUCUUUCUCCUUCGACAAUAAUCUCGCGUUAAGGAAUCCAACAAAGUGUCUGUUUAUUGGCGGGCCUGAUAAAGGCGUGAACGCGCACUCGAAAAAGAUAACCAAACGAGUGCGCGCGCAAAUGUAUCUCGAGAGUACAAACAAGCCUCGGCCGGCUUAAAGGUUACGCGUGUGAAGACUAUUACAUACGCUUAAUCGAGUCGAAUUUUUUUUUCUAUUUGCCAAUUGCAUUUCCAAUGUAACAAAUAUACUACGAAACAAAAAGUUUUUUUUUUAUUUUGCGAGCUACCGUACUAAAAAUAAUAUUUCUUUUUUCAUUCAUCAUCCAACGAUGUGUAUGAGCUUUCAUUUGAAUGCAGAAAUUUUGUUUUUCUUUUUUUUCCCUCUUGACUCUCGAAGCUUCUAAAAACGGUGGUUUGUUUUUCAGUGACGAGUACUACAACGUAGUCAAUGUUCAAUUUUUUUUCACAGAUAUUUGUAAUUCAUUGGUAUUGACGUAUAUACCUCAAACUUUACCUGUUAAAGCAUAUUCACGAAAGCGGUAUGGAAGAGGCGAAAUUUCUUAGAAAAGCCCGAUUCUCUCCCCGCAAAUCUAACCAAGUCAAAUCGUACUAUUCUAACAGAUGGACACGAUUGCGUAUUUAGCGAUAAUCUAGUUAUAAUGAACUUUGUAAAGCGUACACAUUUUUCAGGUGCGUUACAAUAUGAAUCCGACAAUUGUUUAUGUAAUACUCAAUUGUGUAUUCAGAGACAUACCGAUAUAUAUGUAAGUGCAGCAGUGGACUACUUUGAAGAUCUCUUGUUAAGCACCAAAUUAUGACGCAUAUACAUACACAUGAACACAUGUACAGACGCUCACGCCCUAUGAGGCGAACAAACAUUUCUAUAUUUUAGACUAUCAGAUAUUUUUGACAAGUCUCAUCGACGAAACUUUUUUUAUGUGCAUUUUUCUUGUUCUUCCGUAGACAGAGCCUCCUGUUAACGCCAAAGUCAACAUUGGGAUACACACAAACUUUUUAUAUAUUUGAACUCAUUGUUUUUCUUAAAUACGUCUUGAACAGUCAAGAAAGUAUCGCGAGAUAUAAGUUAGAGAAAAAUAUAUAUAACGGUUAUAAUGAUAGAUUUUCAAAGCGAGAUACAGUGCAGAAAUAUGGACAUCGUAAGGAACGAUAUACCUGAUGCAUAAUGUUCAUUAUUACGUUCUAUGUAAACAAAAGUAAAACAUACGCGAGAUACGUUUACAUUUAUAAUAUAUUACGAUAUCAUAAGCAGUCCCACCUAAGAUAAAGAAUGUAAUAGUCUACGUUUUUACAUACACACUCGGUUAUUAUAUUUAUCUAUAGGAUAUACAAAAUACAAUACAUGAUGCGCAUCUUACGUACUACUUCAUUUGAUAUAGAUUUUUGAGGUUAAUGUAUGACAACAAAUUAAAAAUUUAUUUAAUUCAAUCGUCCGACUGCUACAACUCUUAACAGACGAAUUCACAAUUGAUGCUUUCUGUGUAAGCUUUAAUCGAAAAAAUAUGCAAAUUGCGUGAGAAAAAUUGAAUGCAUGUAACAUUAUUUUUUUAAAUGUAAGUGAAUAUUUUAUCUCAAAGACGAAAUUUCAUUAUAAUGUACUACGCAGCAUACAUCGGUUGUGAAAUGCUUUUAAAAUGAUAUCUGUGGAGUUCAUUUCUUUUGCGUAUUAAAAGUGAAACGAUUGAGAAACGAAAUUCGCGAGACACGUGAGAAUCUAAUUAUUUGUACAUAUUAUAUAUAAUAGAGGAGAAAAAGAAGAAUAUGAAUUUGAAUUCGAUGUAUGUAAUUUCUUUCGUAAGGUCGAAACGAGUCAAAAUUUCUAAUCGAACAAGAACCGUACUAAAUGUUCAUGAGAAAUACAUUACAAAUGCAAAUUGACUAAAACAUGAGUACCUAUUUAAGUAAUCUAAUUAUUCAUUAGUAAGGGCUACAAAACAAUCGUAUUGCAUUGUGGAAUUUUAUUGUAAAUAGCCGUUGAAUGAGCUGCAUAAAAUUAUUAUAAGUAUUUAAUAUAUUUGCAAAUAUUUUACAAGAAAACAAGGAACGAAAAAAAGCAAUCGUUAGCUCAAGUUAGAAGGAAAAAAUUAACGAAUGAAUUCAAUAAACAUUUGAAAUGUUUCGUGAUAAUUGUAUAUUUAUUGGGAAAAUUUGUCUCGAACUUGCACAGCUCAUUCGAAAAGUCAUCAACAUGUUUUCUAGCCUCAAAACUCUUAGUGUGAUGCAGAGAAGAAAGAUUGUUUACUAGACUUGCGCGUAAAACGUAGUAUCUUUUUUGUGAACGUCGAGCGUGGUAUCUUUAUGAGAGUUGUGACAAGCUAGAAAGAAAAAAGAAAAAACACGAAAACAAAACUUUUAGUGAAACGAGUAAAAAAAGCGUCCUGGCGACGAAGUUGCUCGUUGUUUUGUAAAAAUGAAAAUGAUUCGAUGUUCAAUUGUAAGAAAAAACGAAAUAACACUAUAUUCCGCAUAAACAGAAAGGAGAAGAAAAAAAAUUCAGUUUUGUAGAUACGUAGAGUGCUUUUCAUUGAUGAGAAAAAUAAACUAUUGAAUGCGCGCCACGAGCGUCUCGGAAUAUCCAUCUUCAAAAUUUCAUUGCAAUAUUUGCAUUUCGUUGAAUCGUCGAUCGAUUUUGUACAACUCGUGUACGUAUUACAUAAUUCAUUUUCGCACAUACGCAUGGAGUUACGCAUUAUAAACAGACAGCUUUGUUAAUUGAAGACAUAGACUUCCUUACAUACUUAAGAUUAGUACCUGUAAUUGGCAUAACGAGCCUAGAAAUGAAGAUACAUGAAUUGUGAUGAAAGUUUAAUUAACCGCAUAAUAUUUUAUCGAAAAAUUAUAUUGUAAAAGCGAGAACUAUAGUGCAAAUACUUAUAUGUAUUCUCAAAUGUAACCAGUGAUCCAUUGAAAGGCAAAAACGAAUCAUUGUUAACAAAAAACUUUGCUACUGUAUAAUUUGUACGAUCGCUCAAAAGAGUUUUUAAAUUUUAAUAUUAUAUUGUCUUUUUAUGUUUCUCUCCAAGUAAAAUGAAACACCAAAACAUAUGAGUUAUUUUAUGCGGGAUUCUAAAUACAUUAUUAUUUUUUAUCUUACAAAUGUGAUAGCUAUUAUAAAUAAUUUUAAUUUUGCAUUUUUUGAGUUUUAUUUCUGUUAAAAAAACAUUGCAUGUUGAUUAAAAUUCAGAAACUCUUCUUUGAGAUACUCCGAAUUCAUACUAUUGUUUUGAAUUUCUGUCAUAGUGAUUUUGAAGAGUAUUCUUAAUAGAUUAUUUUCUCGAUAUGAAAUGCUCAAUUAUUUGUAUUACCACUUAGCUGAACCAUACAAAAAUAUGAAACUAUUCAUGACAAACGAGAGCGUCGCUUUGACUUUUUUACAUUUAAGUUUUAGAACUGGCCGAAUGGUGUAGAUUCGUUAUAAAAAUUGUUUCAUGAAUUAGCUAUAUUGUUAAAGAACAUGAGUGUCAUUAAAUACAAAGUGCAA